GCCAUUAAAUGGCUGAAACAAUCUCAAAAUGUGGAAAGAUACUUAGAGGGGACAAUUGAUCGCCUACGCCUACCAAAAGCAGCGUUUGCCUGCAUUCUUCCAAAUUUACAUUUAGCUUUCUGCCUCAUGGAAAAAAUCCCUUUAAAGUUCACCUAUGACAUUGCACCAAUCCUACUGCAAUUUCUCAAACCAGAUCUGGAUGGUUCCCUUGAACACAAUACUUUACUACUUGAAUUGCUCUAUAUCAUCAUACAAAAGACCCCUAAGCAGAAAGACGGAUCAGAUGUUCACUUUGUCGAGAAGUUGUGCAGAAGUAUAACCCCCUUUACCAAUCCAAGGUACCCAGACGUCAUUGGGGCAUACACAUACAGAAUAAUAGCACACCUACAUUCAUAUCAGGGUCUACCUGAGAUUAUCAAAGCCCUUGGCAUUACGUCAGUACCUGAAAGAACACUGAACGCUGUGGAUGGGCAGAUGGAUGACACCUUGAAAAAGACACUGAGAGAUCUAAAUCAAAGGUUAUCAGGCCAAGGCCCUGAAGGCCAGACUAUAGAUCACCAUGAAGAGAAGAAAAAGAAGAAAAGUCUCACAAAUUAUGUGUCUGGAUCAAUGAAAGCCACUGCUGACUGGGGUGUUCCAAUGAGUUCAGUUGCAGAAUCAUGCUCAGCCGAUGAAAGUUCAAGUGUUACACCAUUCCUCUCCGUUACGGAAACGAAAACUACUCAACGGCGAUGGAAAAAGUCUAGUGUUCGCUGGAGGACAAAGUUGGAGAAGCUUGCUAGUAUGGGAAUGACAGAGGUUAAAACGGUGAAGAAUCUCACUUAUUGUAUCAAUCCUGACUACCUGAUUGCAAGAGGUAGUGAUGGGACUGAGGUCUUUCUUGGCCUCAGAGAUGAUGGCACUGAAGUUGCCAUCAAGCGCAUGACCAAGUCGAACUACCAGCUGCUCAAACAUGAGGAAGAGUACUUGCGCUUGCCAGAGCUCGAAAGUAAAAGCAUUGUGCGAUAUGUUGACUUUGCUGAGGAUGAUAACUUUGGAUACUUAGUCCUACAGCUCUGUGAGUACACCUUGGAGGAGUAUAUAGAUCAAAAUAACCACCAUUUACCCAAGGACAUUCAGGAAAGGAUGGACAUUCUGAAGACAAAAGUGAAGGAAGUCCUUCUUAGUUUGGAAGUCCUCCACAAUAAGGACACUAAAGUUCUUCACAGAGACAUCAAGCCUCAAAAUGUUUUGAUUGAUAUCAGAGGAAAAGCACGGCUAGCUGAUUUCGGUAUCAGCAGAAGACUGAAUGAUGGGCAAACAACACUGCGGACAACACCAGCAGGAACCAAAUGCUGGAAAUCCCGGGAAGUAUUGGAAGAGGACACUGACAGUGGCUUCAAGAGAUCUUCUGAUAUCCAGGUUGCAGGGAUGUUGAUAUACUACAUCCUGUCAUGUGGGCAUCAUCCUUUUGGGAAAGGAAUUCGCUGUGAAGUCAACAUUCUGGACGGGAAGUACAAUCUUGAUUUGGUGGAGGAUGAGCUGGCGAAAGAUCUCAUCGAGUGGAUGAUCCAGGCUGAACCCAGUGAGAGGCCAGGAGUGGAGGAAACACUCACUCACCCCUACUUCUGGACCAGUGACAGGAGGGUGGAAUAUUUGACAAAGGUUGGAAAUGGGACUGAAGCGGAGAACUUCAGGAGGACUGAUGAAAGGCUCCUCAGGGAACUUGAGGAAAACACAAAGGAUAAAACCUUCCACAACUGGAGAGAUAAAUUCCCCCCUGACAUAGUGCUGAAGAUGGAUGAGAAACAGAGGAAGGCCUACCCAGAGAACACACUGGCUCUGCUGCGCUUCAUUCGCAACCUCUACGAACACCAUGCUGAGGAUGCAGAGAAGAUUGACCUGAUGGGCCUUUUUCCUGACCUGUUUCCAAGUAUCUACAAGUUUGCCAAAGCGAAAGGCUGGAACUCCAGACCCAGCUUGAAGAAAUUCUUAAAUGUUUCAUAAUAAACGUAUAGUCUGCAGCCACCGACUGGCUUCUGUCUGUCUAUAAAAGCCACAUAUUUUUACUUCUAAAUUCAAAAGUGCUUUUUGAGCAAAUGUAAAGUACUUUUUGAGUUAACAUAUUUCAGAAUCUAGUCACAAGUGCUUUGUAUUUAAGGCUAUAUUGUUUUGUUCUUAUAUUUCAUUGUAGGCCUAUUUCAUUGAUGGUUGGUGUUUUCUGCAAGCCAAAUUAUUGAUUGUAAAGAUCAUGAACUCUGACUAUUUAGAUUUUUAGGACAUGAUUUUGGAUGUGAUUUUCCUGUCAAUUUGUAGGCCUACUGUUGUAGGCUAUA